UCUAUUAACCCUAAUUCUUCUGCGAGCGGCGAGGAAAGAAGCGACUUUCGGGCAAACGGAGGCGGCGGCGACGGCGGCGAGGGCGAGGGCGAUGGAGGGAGGUCUUGUCGCUAGGGCUAGGGGUUGAAGAAGGGAAGGAGAGGAAGAAACCCUGGGCGAUCGAUUUCCGAGAGUCGUAAGCCUCAAUGGCUCGGCAGGACAACCCUUUCGCCCUCCUGGGUGAGGACGACGACGGCAGCGACGUUACGGUGCUCAUCGCCAAGGUCGAGGCCAAGAUCUCGACGACGGCAGCGCCGCCGGCCCCGGAGCAGCAGAAGCCGAAGGCCGGUGUCGAUGGCUUCCAUUCGAAGCCUCUCCCUCCUUCCGAAUAUGUGAGGACGGAAAGGGGUAGAGGGAGAGGUGGCCGCGGCCGAGGUUUGGGAAGAGCUGUGUUUAGAUCUCGUGGUGGGGGUGCUGGCGAUGAAGCAGAUGGGCAGUUUGGGAACGGUGCGUCCAGGGCUUUUGAUGGCGAUUCUAAUGGACGUAGUCGGGGACGUGGUGGUGGUAGAGGAGGAAGGGGGCGUGGAAGGGGCAGGGGAUUCUAUGAAGAGCGGGGAUUUGGUAACGAGAAUCAGAAUAAUGGAGGGAACGAGAACCAAGGCCAGGGAGGAGAUGGGUUGGAGGAGCGGGGUGAGGUCCAGGGCAAAUAUUACGGUUCUGGUGAGAAUCGCCCUCCCAGAUAUGAGAAUGGGAAGUUUGGUGAAGAGGGAAGGAAUUCAGAUUGGGAGGAGAAGGGGUACAGUGGUGAUGGCCGUGGGUUUAGAGGUGGGGAGCGCCGUGGGGGAAGGGGUUAUACUGGUCGUGGGUUUAGGGGUGGUGAGGGCCGCAGAUAUGGUGGGCGUGAUGGAACUCGGAACUUAUCUGAAAAUAAGGAAGCUCCUGCUGAUGGAACGGAGCAAGCUGUGAAUGAUGCCCCUAGUGGUGAUGGUGCAACUGGAUGGGACAUGCCUGCAACGAAUGAUGUAUCGAAGGAUGCAGAGCCUGAGCAAGUAAAUCCUGAGAAAGUGGUUUCUGAAGAUGCUUCUGAGAAGAAGAUGCCUGAGGAAGAGGAUAACUCAAUGACCCUUGAUGAAUAUGAAAAGUUGCUUCAAGAGAAGCGGAAAGCUUUAGAAGCUUUGAGGACUGUGGAGAGAAGGGUUGUUGUGGACAAGGAAUUUGAGGGAAUGCAGUUGGUUGAGAAAAAGAAGGAUGAUGAACUCAAGCUGAAAGUCGAAAAGGACAAGCUCAAGAAGAAGGAUAAUGUUGAAAAGGAAGAGAAAGUUCGCAAGUCGGUGAGCAUAAAUGAGUUCCUGAAGCCUGUGGAGGGUGAGAGGUAUGUUGGGCCUGCAUCUGCUCGUGGACGUGGUGGUGGUAGAGGUCGUGGUCGUGGAGAGCGUGGUGGAUUUAGAGGUGGUUAUGGAGGUCGUGGACGCGUCGCUCCUGCACCUUCCAUUGAAGAUCCUGGCCAAUUUCCAAUUUUGGGGGCAGUUGCUAAGGCAUGAUUUUGUCAGUGGUUAGGUUUUUGUUUUAUUUCAUCUUCCUUCUCCUACUUCUCUUUUUGGGUUAUGGAUCUACAUCAGGUACUUUGUAGUUUUAUAUCAAUCUUAUGGAGGUGUCAGGGACUUCAGGUAAUGCUGACAUUUUUGUUUGUGUGUCUGGGAACACCUUUCAUAUAUAUGGCGAUAUUAUUUUUUUAUUUUUGACGUUCAACCUAGCAAAUAUCAUUAUUAUACUGGUGUUCGUGGUA